AUGCGGAAGCUUGAUAAUUUCUUGUAUAGGAGCCUAAAUUCACAGCACAACACCCGAAACCGAUUAGGAAUUUUAUCUAUAGAGAAACAACCUUCAAACUCCCGAGAGUUACAGUGUGUAGGAAGACUAGAAAUUGCACGCCCUAAAACAGUCGGUUCUGUCCCAACCGAUAAAGCAUUCCAUGAUUUCAAUGCUUCCGAACUUCUUCCCUCAGCUGAAAGGGUUAGAGCUCCAAGGUAUCAGAUGAUUCCUAUCGAGACUGAUCUCAACACUUUGCCACUGCUUUCGAGUAUUCCAGAUAAGGUACUCCCAUUAGUGGCUACCCAAUCAAGGACGCGUGCAGAUUUAUUAUGGGAAAGUGGCACACACACCUCAAAUCUUGCAAGGAAAGGUGAAGCUCUUGCUGUAUCAAGUCUGGUGGAGUAUGGAGAGGAGAUCGAUAUCAUUGCCCCAACAGAUAUUCUGAAGCAAAGCUUUAAGAUUCCUUACUCCAAGGCUCGAUUACCAAUUGCAGUACAUCGUGUUGGCAAGACACUAGUUUUAAAUACAGGGCCUGAUAUUGAAGAGGGGGAGAAAUUGAUCAGAAGAAAUAAUAACCCGCCAAAAUGUGCAGAUCAGUCUUUGUUUCUAAAUUUCGCUAUGCACUCAGUUCGCAUGGAGGCAUGUGAUUGUCCACCAACCCAUACACCACCGAAGGAGUGGCAAUGUGAAUCAAGAGAAAGUUCACCUGAAUCUUCUGAUCACCCAAUAAAGGGUAGCACUUCCUAUGAGCAAAGUGGAAGUUCUACCCAGGAAGAACAAUCUAACCCGCGGUGCACAUAUAACGAGCUCAAACAGGCCGACUGUUUUUGGGGAAAAAAGAAGAACAGGAAAAAUAAGGAUCAAGGUGCUGGAAAGGUCUCACAAGUAAACGAAAAGUCGAGGUACUCAGUGCAAGAGUCUGAAAAGUAUAGAAGACCUAGUAAUGACGGAUUCCUAAGUGAAAAGUAUGUCGCAGUUAGCUUGCACUUGUGGGAUGUUUCACGACAGGUCACACCUUUAACAUGGCUAGAGGCAUGGCUUGAUAAUGUCAUGGCUAGUGUACCUGAGUUGGCUAUAGGUUAUCAUCAAGAUGGUCUUGUUCAGGGCUAUGAACUCCUUAAAACAGAUGAUAUAUUUCUCCUAAAGGGCAUAUCUGAGGAUGGUACUCCUGCUAUUCAUCCAAACGUUGUACAACAAAAUGGGCUUUCAGUAUUGAGAUUCCUUGAGGAAAACUGCAAGCAAGAUCCUGGUGCAUAUUGGCUAUACAAAAGUGCAGGAGAAGAUGCUAUCUAACUCUUUGAUCUAUCUGUCAUACCUCAAAACCGACCUGCGGAUGACACUGAUGAUAAUUCUUGCUCUGUGCUAUUUGCAAGUGAGCAUUUGGAGUCCACUAUCCACAAACUCUCCUUUCCAUGUUCUUUUAUCUCACAAAACAACAACCUCCUCACUGCUUCUUAUAGAGUUCAGCCAUGCUCCCCCUACCCAUCUAUUUCCCCAUACAAAAUGCCUGAAGCAACUCAAGUUAAGUCAGGAAGUGGAGAGAAAAGAACCACGUAUGAAAAUAAUCAUCCUUACCACUUAAACAACUCAGACUCACCUGGUAUGACUCUGGUCAACAAUGUUUUCGACAGAAGAGGAUAUCCAGGUUGGAGGAGAUCCAUCCUCUUAUCUUUAUCAGCUAAGAAGAAGCUUGGCUUCAUCAAUGGAACCUGCAGGGCUCCAGAACUGGAAUCUGCAGAUUUUGAACAAUGGAGUUGUGUUAACGACAUGAUCAUAUGUUGGAUAUCAAAUGCACUCUCUAAGGAUAUUGCAGAUAGUGUGAUGAGUUCCAAAACUGCUAAGGAACUUUGGGACAGUCUGGAGCAGAGGUUUGGCAAGUCAAGUGGUGCCAAAAUCUACCACCUGCAAAAGGAAUUAACAAGCUUAAUACAAGGGAAUAGUGACAUUGCAGGUUACUUCACCAAACUUAAGAGACUAUGGAAUGAAUUGGAUGGGAUAAAUGAUGAGAAUCAAAGGGAAGUAUAUGCAAACACAAACUACAUCACUGAUUCUGGAUCAUUUCUGGCAGCAAGUCAAGCAAAACAACAGGACAACAAACUAAUUGCUGAGUUUGCAGCAUUCAUGGCCAGUGGACAGGGAAGGAAUACACAGAGAUUCAAACACCAAGCAAUAAGAGGAACAAACACAUACCAGAGGUAUACCAAUCCAGGUCAGAACCAGAGACAUGAUAAAUCACAGAACAGGUUUAAGGGUAAGAAGAAAUAUGAUCCAAACCUGUCAUGUACUUAUUGUGGGAAAACAGGGCAUGUACAUGAUAAUUGCUACAGACUGCAUGGGUUUCCUGCAGAUUUUGAGUUCACCAACUCAAGAAACUAUCAGCCUCAGAUUAAAGCAAAUGCAACUUUGACUCAGCAAGCAGAUGAAGACAUUAGGAGGACAAAUCCUGAAAUCAGUGAUAGAAAUUUUGAGGAACAGUUCAGCAAGCAGCAGAUUGCAGAGAUGAUGCAAAUGUACAAGCAAAGCAAAUUGACACAAACAGGAAUCAAUGCAAAUGCAGUAGCUGGUACCAUCUUUAAAUACUCAAAUUCUGUGCCCACUAAUCUUAAGCAAAAUACUUGGAUAAUUGAUUCAGGAGCCUCAGAACACAUAUGUUUUGAUCCCAAUUCCUUCUUAUUUCUAAAACCCCUGCCUAUGCCUUUGAACAUUAAUUUACCUAACUCUUUCAAGGACCUUUCAGUGAGGAGUCCUCAAGUUUUUGGUGAAGUUAGAGAAGGACUCUAUUUAUUGGAUUCCAACACUGACAAGUCUAGAAAUAGUUCCAAUGAUGUAUCCCCAGAUCCCAUCCCACAAUCAUUUUCAGUUUUUAAUUCAGUACAUGUUAAUGCUACUCCUAGUGUGAAACUUUGGCAUGUAAGGUUGGGACAUCUUCCAUUUUCAGCAAUGAAACAUUUAAGUUUUCUUCCAUGUGAAUCCACUUCUGAUUUUGUUUGUGACAUAUGUCCUAGAGCUAGGCAAACUAGACAACCCUUUCCUACUAGCAACAUAAAAUCCACACAUAUUUUUGAUCUCAUUCAUAUAGACAUUUGGGGACCCUACAAGUGUAGUACUUACAAUGGUUUCAGGUUCUUUCUCACCAUAGUAGAUGACUACAGUAGAGGGACAUGGACAUUCUUACUAAGAACUAAAAGUAAUGCAUUUCCUGUACUAAAAAGCUUCCUAUCCAUGGUAGAGAGACAAUUCAAUGUCAAGGUUAAAAUGAUCAGAUCUGACAAUGCUUUAGAAUUGGGGAAAGGAACACAGGAAUCAGCAUUUCUUGCUUCUCAAGGAAUCUUACAUCAGUUGUCCUGUGUUGCUACACCUCAACAAAAUGGAACUGUUGAGAGAAAACAUAGACACCUCUUAGAAAUUGCAAGGGGGUUGAUGUUUCAGUCAAAAUUGCCAAUGAUUUACUGGGGAGAAUCUGUUCUAACUGCUACUCAUAUCAUUAAUAGACUACCAUCUAGUGUUCUAAAAGGACAAACACCUUAUGUAGUACUACUUAGACAAGAACCUACCUAUGCCCAUUUGAGGAACUUUAGAUAUUUGUGUUAUGCCUCUACCCUGGGACAAGGGAGAAACAAGUUUGAUGAAAGGGCUACUGCUUGUGUUCUGCUAGGAUACCCUUUACAACAGAAGGGGUAUAAACUGUUAUCUCUUGAUACAAGGAAAGUGUUUGUAUCCAGAGAUGUCAGAUUUCAUGAAUCACAUUUUCCUUUCAACUCAUCUAAUAGCUCCCACAUACCUACUUUUUUGAACUACCCUUCUUCCUCAGAUCAUGAUCCUACUUUCCACAAUCAAUCAGCCCCACAUGUUCAUGAUCCUUUUUACCCAGCUACACUAUCAGUACCUCCACCUAAUACCUCUACCUACAGCCCCCAAUCCGAAUCCACACUACCUCAACAAACAUCUCCACCUACAUCACAAGAUACUCCUGCUCCUGCUCCUAUCACAGAUCUACCAAGAAGAUCUAGCAGGAUGUCUCAUGAACCUGGCUACCUAAACGAUUACAUUUGCAAUGGUGUACUAUUCACUGAUCCAUGGACAACUUGUCUUGCUCACCCUCACAAGCUAAAAGGAUAUGUUUUCUCCUCCCUAUCCCUCCACAAUCAGAAACUAAUCCACUCCCUCUCUACUAUCACUGAGCCUAGUUGCUAUAACCAGGCUUCCCAACAUUCAGCAUGGAGAGAGGCCAUGAACUCCGAACUUCAGGCCUUGGCAACCAAUCACACCUGGGAUGUUGUCCUGCUUCCUAAAGGAAAGAGAGCUUUACCUUGCAAAUGGGUAUACAAGAUAAAGCAUCUCUCAAAUGGAAGAAUUGAACGACUAAAGGCCAGACUAGUAGUGAGGGGGGAUAUACAAAGAGAAGGUAUAGAUUAUGGAGAGACUUUUUCACCUGUUGUGAAGAUGACCACUAUUCGGUGCCUACUUACCAUUGCAGCUAAAAAGAAGUGGUCUGUUUCACAAUUGGAUGUCAACAAUGCAUUCUUGCAUGGUGACCUCCAAGAAGAGGUUUUUAUGAAGUUUCCAGCAGGACUCACACCUCCUACUCCUAACCAUGUCUGUCUUCUGAAGAAAUCACUAUAUGGUUUAAAGCAGGCUUCCCGGCAGUGGUAUGCUCGACUUGCAGGAGUCUUAGCCUUCAAAGGCUAUUCCUCCUCUUUAAACGAUUACUCCCUCUUUUUCAAACAAAAUGGGACACUUACUUCUAUUUUAGCAGUAUAUGUCGACGAUAUUCUCCUCACUGGGAAUGAUUUGUAUGAACUCGACAAUAUCAAAUGCUUUCUCAACACAGAAUUCAGAGUCAAAAACCUAGGACAAAUUCAUCAUUUUCUUGGCAUGGAAAUUUUGAGAGAAGAUCAAGGUUUUAUUGUAAAUCAACGACAGUUUACCAUGGACCUUCUUCAUGAAUUCGAUGUCUCUCAUCUGCCUUCAGUCAAUUCUCCGCUGGAUCCCUCCUUUAAGCUUCGAGAAGACGACAGUCCCCGUUUGGAUAAUCCCACUCUUUAUCGUCACUUGGUUGGCAAGUUGAAUUAUUUGACCAACACUCGCCCAGAUCUAUGCUUUGCUGUUCUUGCUCUGAGUCAAUACAUGCAACGACCCUGUUUGUCUCAUUUCUCGGCUGCCUUACGCGUUUUGCGCUACCUGAGCACAGAUCCAGCUCAAGGCAUCCUACUUUCCUCUGAUCCAUCCUUUUCCUUGCUGGCUUUUUGCGAUGCGGACUGGGCAUCCUGUAAAGAUUCACGCAAAUCAGUCAGUGGUUUUUUUAUUACCCUCGGAGGGGCUCCAAUCUCUUGGAAAUCAAAGAAACAAAUCUCGAUCUCCUUGUCCUCCGCAGAAGCAGAAUACAGGUCCAUGCGUCGUGUUACUGCUGAACUUACUUGGUUAGUUCGUCUUCUUGAAGAUCUUUCUGCUCCGAUUUCUCUUUCGAUUCCGCUACGCUCAGACAGUCAAGCAGCCAUCCACAUAGCUCGAAAUCCGGUUGUACGUGCAUGUGCUCAUGAACAGUUUGCGAGGCUCCUUUUAACGUAUGAUGAUGUGUUAGAUUUGUCAUUUGAAGCACUUCCUAGGGAGUCUGAAGUUACAGGUGCUGAUGCUGAAGAAGAACCAGUAGAAUCUUUGAUUUCAGUUUCUGUAUCAGAUGCCCAUGAUUUCCUGGUUCCUAAAGUUGAACCAGAUAACAAUAUUGAAACAUUGCCGGCUAUUGGAUCUGAUGAUUCUGUGAGGGUAACAUCUGAUGAGGGUCUCUCUUCCCCAAGAGCAAUGACAGCUCCAAGGGGGAGAAAUACAUCCAGUUUCGAAGAUGCGUCAAAUAGCAGAGAGAAUAGCUUUGGAAUGGAUCAAGCUAUGAAGUCUCUUAGAUGGAAACGUCAACUGCAAAGCAACAGAAUGGAUCUGCCGAAUAGUGGUAAAAAUAAGGAUGAGCUGCCUUCAGCACCAAGUUUUUCUGUCUGUGCAUGUGGGGAUACCGACUGUAUUGAAGUUUAUGAUAUUCGAGAAUGGCUUCCGACUUCAAAAUUGGAUGAUAAGUUGUGGAAACUAGCUCUAUUACUUGGAGAAUCAUAUUUGGCGCUUGGACAAGCGUAUAAAGAAGAUGGGCAAUUGAAUCAAGCCUUGAAGGUUGUAGAGUUGGCGUGUUUGGUUUAUGGAUCAAUGCCUCAACAUCGGCAAGACUCAAAAUUUGUUUCUUCCAUGGUCGUUUGUUCAUUACCUAAGGUUGAAAGUGAUGAUAAAAGUGAAAAAGCUGGGUCUUCACUAUCUGAUGAUUGUUUCAUGUAUGAUCAAUCAUCUGACAGCUACCUCUUUUGGGCCAAGGUUUGGACACUAGUUGGGGACGUAUAUGUUCAAUUCCAUUCUACAGAUGGUGAUAAGAUGCCAGUACAAUCAGAGCAAAAGCCUUCAACUAAAGAGUUAAAGAUGUCAUCUGAAGUUUUGAGGGAGGUUGGAAGGCUCAAGAAGAAGCUUGGACAGUCUAGCCAAAACUGCAGCUCAUGUUCCUUAUUAAACUGCAGCUGCCAGAGUGAUAGGGCCAGCAGUGGAAGCAGUGCUAGCAGUAGUAGUAGAGAUUCGCGUUCAAGAAGUUCUGGCAGAAAGCAGAAAAAAAAGUCACAUACCAAAGCAAAUGCCCAUUCUGGAACUUUUGUGGAUAUUCAUCAGAACGGCGAAAGCAGCACAUCAGAGAGUAAGCUCUUGAUGCAUAAAAAAAACAUUGCCAGGAUGGAAAUCUCUAAUAAAUUGAAAGAUAUUUCAGAGGCAAAAAAUUCAGGAGCUACCAGCUCUGAUAGAGAUGACGUGGCUGUAAAACUGGACGGAACUUCAGUGUAUAAAUGUUCUGAAACUUUCAAGGAAGAAACUGAAAGGAAAAGGGGUAUAUUUAAAUAUCUUAGAGGUACUGUAGCUGGAGAUGCUGACAAUCUCUCGAAUGCCUUGAACUGUUAUGAUGAAGCUAGAAAUGCAAUGAUUGGACAUCUUACUAAUUCAGAAGACUUACAAUCUUUAAUUAAAAAGAAAGGAUGGGUGUAUAAUGAAUUAGGCCGUAAGAGGCUGGAAGGGAAAGAGCUGGAUGAAGCUGAAGUUGCUUUUGCUGAUGCAAUAAAUGCAUUUAAAGAAGUAGCUGACCACACUAACAUUGUAUUGAUAAACUGUAAUUUAGGUCAUGGCAGGAGAGCUUUAGCAGAAGAGAUGGUAGCAAAGAUUGAAAAUCUCAAGGAACAUGCAAUCCUCCAUGAUGCAUACAUGCAAGUUCUCCAGAGUGCCAAGAUGGAAUACAGGGAAUCUCUGAGGUUCUAUGGAUCAGCAAAAACAGUUGUAAACCAUGUUACUGAAGAAUCAGAUUUGGAUUCGAGCUACUUGAGAUAUGAAGUAUAUACUCAGUUUGCUCAUACAUAUUUAAGGCUUGGGAUGCUACUGGCCAGAGAAGAUACAUUUGCUGAGGUUUAUGAGAACUGUGUCCUUGAGGAUUCUUUCAACUACUGUGUUAGUAGACCGAAGAUAGACCGUAGAAAGCAUGAGAUUUCAGCUAAUGAUGCCAUUAGAAAGGCUUUAUCUGUCUAUGAGUCACUGGGUGAGUUACGGAAACAGGAAUCUACAUAUGCAUACUUUCAGUUGGCUUGCUACCAAAGGGAUUGCUGCUUGAAAUUUUUGGAGCAAGAUCAAAAGAAAAUUGGUUCUUCCAAGGGAGGAAAUAGCUUUCUUCGUAGAGUAAAGCAAUAUGCUUCUUUGGCUGAGAGGAACUCGAAAUCCUUGGAUUUCUAUGGACCAAAGACACAUUCGUUCAUGCACUUGGUUAUUUUGGUGGAGCGAUCUGGGCUGUUAUUGAAUCUGUCAAAUCUUCUUCACUCUAACGUGUUUUUGGAGUCUGCUCUGUCUUAUAUGCUUGAAGCUGGCCAUGUACCUGGAGACACACUAAGUAAAGACAAUCCUAAGAUUUGUGAUAAAUAUUGGAGCCAGUUGCAGAUGCUAUUGAAGAAGAUGUUGUCUGUAUCACUCUGUCCAACUAGGAAUAAAUCUUCAGCCAACUCUCAGCACAGCACCUCAGGUAAGUCUGCUGAUGCGCUUUACAAGAUGUCUCUGAAGUAUACAGAAUUCAGUCAACUGCAAGUAAUGCAUGAUUUGUGGACAUCUUAA